UGUCAAAUUUCGCCAUAUACCUCGGCCAAACUUCAAACUUGACCACUACGACAAACGCGUGUGGCUACUACAGUGAAAUUGCUGGAAAGGGAGCUGUGGUCAAGGUCCGGUGCCAAACCACGUCAGUUUCUGGGAGGUUUCUUACCGUUAAAAAGAUUGGAGGUUUCAGACAAGACGCACUGACCAUCUGUGAUUUGCAAAUUUGGGCGGCUGGUUUUGAGCCAGCCCAGCUUUUACUGAAGCCUGUUUCAACGACAGUGAGUAAAAAUGUAACAUCGUCAUCUUCAUCAUUAUCCUCAUCUUCAUCAUCCUCAUCUCCAUCUCCACCAUCAUCGUCGAACGGCUAUUCGGAUGACCACAAAUUAGUUGCAUGUUCCCUGAUUGGGAAGGUUCCAGACGAGGACGCAUGGUACCAAGCCGAUUUCGGCUACUUUUACCUCUUCAAAAAGGUGCUCAUCACUAACUCCAGACAGGCAACUGAGGCGAUAUACCUGAGUAACUUCAUCAUCUCAAUUGGGUCGGCAGAGAUAAGGUCAAGCAACUACCCACACUCAUCUCAAACCUGCUACUCCUACGAAAACUCAACCGCCAUUCUUCCGGGCGCUGAUGUGGAAGCCGUCUGCACUCCGCUUCCUGUCUACGGGAGGUAUGUGGUGAUGAGAAAAACUGGAGGCCCAAAUCCCGAUAUCCUGGCUUUGUGUGCUGUCACUUUUGUAGUUGUAUCCGCCGAAGGCAGCUGUCCGACAAAUAUGUUUAAAUGUGCAACGGUGUCCAGGUGCAUCCCGACGAACAAGACGUGCGACGGUCUCAACGACUGUGGCGAUCUUUCCGAUGAGCAAAAUUGUACUUGCCCGGCCGAUAAAUUUCGAUGUUUCAGUGACAACAGGUGUCUACUGUUGAAGUACGUUUGCGACGGUCAGUCCGACUGCGUGGAUGGUAGCGACGAGUUCAAUUGCAGCUGUCGAGGCAAUCAGUUUCGUUGUAACAGUGGAAGGUGCAUCCAAUCCACGUGGCGGUGUGAUAGCUAUCCGGACUGUGAUGACGAUGGCGAUGAAGUGGACUGUACACCAUGUGAGUCUGACAAAUUCAUGUGUCGAAAGAAGCAGAAAUGUCUGGAUAGGAAACAGCGGUGUGAUGGUGUGGCUGACUGCAGCGAUUCGUCUGAUGAAGCCACGUGCCGUUAG